AAUUAUCAAAAUCACGAAAUAUAUGUUCGACGUUUCUAAAGGUCUACUCUUUUAAGGUUGUGAGUAAAAGUACAGUAACUCUUCGAAAUGAUCAAACACAUAUUUCACAAUAUUUUAUACAAUAAUUUUAAUCAUUUACAAAAUGUAGAAGGUGGGGACGGACUUUAUAGACACCCUGUAUAAAGAUAACGCAUUACAAGAUACUUAGAAUCGACACAGAAAAAAAAUAAAAUGAUACGAUAAAAGAUACAAGGAAAAAGAUGGAUAGUAGGUAAAGUAAGAGAUGUCAAGCCGCUACGGAAUAACGAGUAAGAGCGAGAUAAAAGAGACGAAAUUAACGAGCGGGAGGGGAUAGAAUAGUGUUCCUCUCUUCUCAGGCGUAUCAGCCGUAUACAUUCAGUCUCCUCGUGACCACUCGUGACGUUUGUGUGGUAAUCGCGCCGUUCAGUGCUAUCGCAUUCUCGUUAACCGUCGCUUCUGCAUGGCACAUGUGCGUCUUACGCACGCUAAAACAUUAAAUACCUGCAGCGAACAAGUGUGUGGUGCAGGCCUGUUGCGCGCGCGCGCAAUUUCUCUCCGUUAACUUUGCCCGAUGUUGUCUUCUUUGGCCUAUCAUCGAUAACAAAGAAGUGGAAUUUUCAGUUUAGAUUAGUAGCAGCAACAGCAAUAGCAACAUGCCGACUACGAGAGGUUCCGGGUAUUUAAAGCGUGCAAAUACUGAGCGUCUUCAUGAAAUUUUUAAUCAGUAUGCCUCACAAGAGAAGAAUGGCGAAAGGUUCAUGACUGCAUCAGACUUUGUACGUAGUUAUCUUGGACUUUAUACGGAUGCCGAUUAUAAUCCUGAUUCUGUCAAUUUACUUGCUGGUAUUGUCGACACUAGCAAAGAUGGACUCAUAUCAUUUGCCGAAUUUCAAGCAUUCGAAGGUCUUCUCUCUGUACCAGAUGCUUUAUACAAAACAGCUUUCCAACUUUUUGAUACUAAUGGAAAUGGAAUGGUUGCAUUUGACGAGUUCGUUGAGGUGAUGAGGAAAACUGUACUCCAUCAAAAAAUGCCUUUUAAUAUGGAGAGUAGUUUUAUCAAACUUUACUUUGGAAAGGAUAAGAAAAGACUGAUCAGCUAUGCAGAGUUUAGUCAGUUUUUGCAUGAUUUUCAUGAAGAAUAUGCGACAGAAGCGUUUAAAAAAUUUGAUAAGGAUGGCGCAGGUUUUAUUUCAGCAUUAGACUUUCAAGACAUCAUGCUCAGUAUUAAGAGUCAUUUACUCACUAAAGAUGUGCGGGAUAAUUUAAUUGCUGCAGUUGGUGCUGGCCAAAGCGGACGAAAAGUCAGUUUUCCAUACUUUAUGGCAUUCAAUUCUCUUUUAAACAAUAUGGAACUUAUUAAACGUAUUUACUUAAAUGCUACCAACGGUCAUAGAUAUCAGGAAGUUACCAAAGAGGAAUUUCUUUAUUCUGCCCAAAUGAUGUCCCAGAUAACACCAUUGGAAGUAGACAUCUUGUUUCAUCUUUGCGACUUACUUCAUCAAACUGGACCUAUGAAAGAUGACGAGGCAGAUUUGCAGUUUGGAAAAAUAGUGUACAAUGAUCUUGUGGCUAUUACACCUGAGCAAUAUUUUAAGCAGAUUACAAAACGUGUUGCCGAGAUUAAAGCGGUAUCGAGUCCAGAUGAACGUGGUAUUAUUGUACAAAUGCUCGAAAGUGGGUACCGAUUUGUGCUUGGUUCCAUUGGUGGAGCUGUCGGUGCUACAGCUGUAUAUCCUAUCGAUCUAGUAAAAACAAGAAUGCAGAAUCAGAGGACUGGAUCUUUUAUAGGCGAGCUGAUGUAUAGAAAUAGUUUUGAUUGUUGUAAAAAGGUGAUCCGGCAUGAAGGAUUUUUUGGUCUUUAUCGAGGUCUAAUGCCUCAAUUAAUGGGAGUAGCCCCUGAAAAGGCUAUUAAACUUACGGUUAACGAUUUUGUCAGAGAUAAGUUUAUGGAUAAAAAUGGAAAUUUACCAUUGUACGGAGAAAUUGUAUCUGGAGCCUGUGCUGGAGCAUCGCAAGUCAUAUUCACUAACCCUCUAGAAAUAGUAAAAAUUCGACUACAAGUAGCUGGCGAGAUUGCGGGAGGAUCAAAAGUUAGAGCGUGGGCCGUUGUCAAGGAAUUAGGUCUUUUUGGAUUGUACAAAGGUGCUAGAGCUUGUUUUUUACGAGACGUGCCAUUCAGCGCAAUUUACUUCCCUAUGUAUGCUCACACGAAAGCGCGAUUGGCCGAUGAAGGGGGUUACAAUACGCCAUUGUCGCUUCUCGUUUCCGGCGCGAUCGCCGGUGUACCUGCCGCAGCGCUGGUCACUCCUGCGGAUGUGAUAAAAACGAGAUUACAGGUCGUAGCUAGAGAAGGUCAAACCACGUACAAUGGACUACUAGAUUGCGCAAAGAAAAUAUACAAAGAAGAAGGUGCCAGGGCAUUUUGGAAAGGCGCGACAGCUCGAGUGUUCAGAUCGUCACCUCAAUUUGGUGUCACUCUCUUCACCUAUGAGUUGCUGCAAAGGCUGUUUGUUGUCGAUUUUGGAGGAUCCCGACCUACCGGUUCGGAACAAAAGGUGCCUACUAUGGGAGUCGCUGAUGAAAUUCGAUCAACAAAUCCAGAUCAUAUAGGUGGCUACCAAGUAGCUUUACCUAUCUUUACGGGUAUAGAAACCAAAUUCGGUCUUUGCUUACCUAGAUUCCAAGUCGUAACAGCUGCGCAGAAAACAAACUUGUAGCAAUCUCUGCCAUAAAUAACGAGUACCGAAAAUAUAUUGUGUGCUUCAUUGGUAUGAAGCAGAUGUGAUGUAAGCGUAAGUUUUACAAUCUACAAAUUAUGAAUCCCCGUUCUCCAUCUUCUCAACAAUCACCGGUACCACACAUACCACGUGAAAUUGGCACAAGACGGAAUGAUCGUUGUUGAUAAUAAUUUACAACAUGUACGACAUGUAUAUGAUUGUAGUGUGCAUAAUUAUAAAAUGGAUCGAGGAGAAGUACAAAAUCCGUCGUUGCGGAAAUGUCCAAGAACGUAACAGCUGAGUUUAUGCAAUUGACACAGAGGCAAAACCGAUGGCACUGGAAGUAUUUAUUUCCAUUCUAUAUAAAUAUGUUGUAUUGAAAAUUGAUGCCAUCUGUAUGUAAUUAUUUUACAAAGUGUGUGCGUGUGUACAAAGAGAGAGAAAGAGAGAGAGAGAGAGAAAAAGAGAUUUAUCGACAGUUUGUUAUUGCUAACUUUCUACCGAUACGUUUCUAUCGAUACGCGUACGUAUAAUAAUUAAUCGAAUGUGUGUUUGUUAAAUAGCGAAUGACUAACGUCAACGAAUAUGAGUUUGAGAUUUUAGCGAGAAUUGUAAUCCGCGAUGGCCCCGUAUCAUGUAUAUUUAUACGUAUGUUUAUAAAGCUCAAAGACUAAUAACAAAUUAGGCCUCUAUAAUUACAUUUAUUUAUCCAAAAGCCUAGUUGUAUAGCUCUCACAUUUGUUGAAUAAAUGACCAGUAAAUUUGUUUUCAUCAUUUGCUUGGCAUAAAACUACAAUGAGUUGUUGACAAAUAAUAUUUAUAUAUAUUUAUUAGUUAUUCGAAAAAAAAUAAAGAAGAAGAAUGUUAAUAUUGUUAUUAUUAACAUUACAACAAAAUGUGAUGAAUUUAUGUUCUGUUAAUAAAUAAUAUCUUUAUUGGAGUAAUAUAAAAAUUAAAUGGGUCUUAUUUUUUACUAAUGUAAUUAAUUGGACACAAUCAAUUUGGUUAUAUUUUACACUAACGCAGAAAUAAUAAGUAAAUGAUAUUAUUGCAAUUACAGUUUUCAUUUAAAUAAAUUUAUUAGCAUACAGAUACCAAUUCUACAAUUACAUUAAUUGAAAAGAAGAACGCACAUAACUUUCAGCAAAUUUUUCGAUAAAGGUGUGCGUGUGCGUGUGCGUGUGCGUGCGUGCGUGUGCGUACGUGCGUAUGCUCGUGCGCGUACGUGCGGGCGUAUGUGUGUGUAACAAACAAUAAAAAAUUUUCCAAAAGGACCUGAUCUAUCUAUCUAUAAAAUAGACAAUAUAAAAUGACUUUUAUUGUAUGUUAUAUCUAUAUAAUCUAUUACAAAGACGAUAGAAUCUUAAACAAAUUGGAAAUAUAAGAUGACAAAGAUCAUUGUUUAUAAGA